CAGUCAGCUGAUUGCAGUAAACACAAUAAACGGAGCUACACGUGGAUCUGCUCUGAAUGGAAACCUUUCACAUAUUUCAGGAUGUAGUGUGUCUAGACUAUUCCCCAAGAUAAUACUUGGCUAAAAGAUAUUUAAGUUAUGACGUACUCUAUAAGAGAAGACUAAAAUUCAAGCAUAUGAAGUAGAGUUGUGGUAAUUAUACUCGUUUUUCUUUGGUCACAUCAGCACACUCAAUGAAUGAGAAUAAAAUUUCAGAUUGUAUGGUAAAGUACAGAACACAUUCAAGAUGGCUGACCCCAAGGUUUUAUCGCUGUUUAACGAAUUCAACAAAAAAUAUUUUUGGGGGAAACUGGACAAAGUUAAGGUCACAUGGAGCCCAAGGAUGACCCUUUUUUCCCCAUUUGCAGAUGUGCUGGCAAAACAGCCUAUAAAGUGCGAGGCCGAUCCUUUUCCUCAUGUACAAUUCGUCUCAGUCAGCCCCUUCUUACUCAAAGACCACACUCUGAUACAGUGAACACACUCCUACAUGAAAUGAUCCAUGCUUAUCUUCAUGUCACACAAGGCCUUAACUAUAGAGACAGUCAUGGACCAGAGUUUAGAAAACAUAUGAAAAGGAUCAAUAUUCUUCAUGGCUCGAAAAUAACUAUAUAUCAUAACUUUCACCGUGAAGUCAAUAAGUUUCGCAUCCAUGUGUAUCGCUGUGAUGGCCCUUGUGUUUCAAGACGUCCUUUUUAUGGAGUCUUGAGGAGAGCCAUUGAACGUCCUCCAGGCCCUACAGAUAGGUGGUGGCAACGUCAUGCUAAAGAGUGUGGUGGAACAUUCCACAAGAUUGAAGGUCCGGGUGCUAAGCCCAUGCCAGGGUCUCAAAAAGUGGGCAACAAACCACAUAAAGAGAAAGUGCCUCAGAAUCCGUCAGAAGGGACAUUUGGUAGCAAAAAAUUAGCUAGUUUUAAUCAAAAUAGAAUAAUGAAUAGUAAAGGAAAUAUGGAUAGGCACAGAAUAAAUCCAGGUUCUUCUAAUGCUAAAACAAAAGCUUUUGAUGAAGAAUCUGUGUUGCAAAGGAUUAAAGAAAAAUAUUCAAAUGUAAGACAAACUAAACUUUUGUCCAUGGAUGAAACACCAGAUAUGAUUUUAGGCGCAAAUUGUAAACUUGUAGAAGGUCAGAUGAAUUAUAAUUAUCAGGCAAAAUCACCAACAAAAAUAAAAGUUGAUAAGUAUAUAAGGAGAUUCCGACAAGCAAAGAACUUGUUUAGUACUGAUGACUUAAAAUCAGACAAUAGUACAAGAAAAUCAAUGGUACAUAGCCCUCAUGAUACAAAGAGAUCACUAUCUACAUGUCCCAUAUGUAGUGAAAGAAUACCUGAGGCUAUUUACGAACAGCAUAUGAAUCAGUGCUUUGGUGAAGACAUGAAUUUUGACUCUGAGUUUAUUGAUGAGAAAAGCUUUCAAAGUGAAGCAGAAGCAUCUGCAAACCAGAGCAAAGAAGAUACAUGGGAAGCUCUUUCCGACAGUAAGACUUGUUUUAAUUGUGGGUCAGUCGUCUUAGCUGCUGAGAUGAAAUUGCACCUCCAGUACUGCAUUGACUCAGAUGAUGAAGAUGAUGAGAGCUUUGAUGACAGAAACAAUAAAGUCAGUGAAGGUAGAGACUUUGAAGACAAACCACGUCCUGGGAUUGUGUCCUGCCCCUCUUGCAUGGAGAGAGUUCGGGAAGAGCAGAUUCAAGAGCAUCUUGAUCAGUGUUUGACUUUCUUGGCAGAAGAAUUUUAACACAAGCUUGUUCUCUUUUAAUGAAUGUGAUGUAGGCCAAUGUUUUUAUGACCAUUUAUUUUCAAAUCUAGGGAUGAUUUCAUUAAUCUGCUGUGUAUCAGUGUUAUUCUAAUAUGCUGUUAUUAGUACCUUAUAGCUUAUUAUAUUAUAAGGAUGCAACAUAUGUAUAAUAAACUUUCUGUCAAGCUGAUAUGAGUAUGUCAUUAGGAAUGUAUGAUUUUCUUCAGUAGAAUCAUGUGUUGUUAAAUUUUCUGUAAGUGAUUAAAAUUUUAUAUUUAUA